AUGGAGGCUGCGCGAGCCGAAGCCGAAGCGAAAAGGGCUCAGGCUGCCGAUCAGCACCGUUCUGAAGCCGAAGAUAGGGCGAACGUGAGCAAAGAAUCGCUUAGGCUAGCCGAGGAGGCGCUUACCAGGAUGGAGAUUGAGUUAGCAGAGUUGAAGGCGACCAAGGAAAAGAUAGAAUCUGAGGCUUCUGUCGCAUUCGAAGCAAGAAAAGGCGCCGCCUUUAAAGAAUAUGUAGAUGAAGUCCCCAGGUCGUCAGGACUACGAAGUAUUUCACAAAGGCAUUCACGGGCAGUGAAGGGGCUUUACACUGCCUAUGAAAUCGGCAUGCGGUUGCGCGCUGCCCGCCGAGAGAUGGAGAAGAAAGAGGAACGUAUUCGAAGUUUGGAGGCUCGUGCAGUGGCAGCUGAACACGAGUUAAGGAAGAGCAAGGCGGCCCAGGCACAAACCGCUGGGCACGGAAACCCAAUCGUGGAAGAAAGGGUUACUAGUCGGCUCAUCAGUUCCGCGCUUGCCGAUCGUGAGACGGGCGAAAAAUGUUCCGCCGAGGAAGAGGCCGGCUCAGAGGAUAGCCCUGCUGACAAACGGCCUCACUUAGAGGAGUCCGACGUGGUUGUCCUCUUCGUUGUUCAACCAAAGAUCAAAGACACGCCAAUCUCCGCUGACGCAUCUGCCAUGAAGGUUCCAGCCGUGGCGUUGAGCUUGGCCACCUCAGUUUCGCUACCGGCUGACAAGGCCACCUUUCGAGAAGAGCCGGAUUUGGUAGCUCUAGCGUUCGCUGCCCAGUCAGCCCUUCUGGUUGAAGCUGAGGGUGAAAGAAGUAGGGCCGAGUUCAAGGCAAUGAGAGCCGCAAUGGAAAGUGCUCGAGCUGAAGCUGAAAAGGAAAGGGCUCGGACUGCUGACUAG